AUGGAUCAAGCAAAGUUGGCGCGCAUGCAAGCGUCGGUGCGCAUUGAUGGCUAUGAGGAAUUCGAGGCUAAUUCGAUAUAUAGCGGCAAGGGUACUCCCCGCAGGAAGGUCAAGAAGGUCCACAGGGCCGCUGGCACCGACGACAAGAAGCUCCAGACCGCGCUGAAGAAGCUCAACGUCCAGCCCAUCCAGGCCAUUGAGGAGGUCAACAUGUUCAAGAGCGACGGAAACGUCAUCCACUUCUCCGCACCAAAGGUUCACGCGUCAGUGCCUGCCAACACCUUCGCCAUCUACGGACACGGCGAGGACAAGGAGCUGACAGAGCUCGUCCCCGGCAUCCUCAACCAGCUCGGCCCCGACUCGCUCGCAUCGCUACGCAAACUCGCCGAAUCUUACCAGAGCAUGCAGAAGGAGAAGGGCGAGGACGGUGACAAGAAGGAGGACGACGACGAGGAGGACGAUGAUGACAUCCCCGACCUCGUCGCUGGCGACAACUUCGAGUCCAAGACUGAGGUCGAGUAA